AUGGGAAGCAUGCUUCACAAAUUCAGACUCUUGAGGAAGAGCAAAAGCUAUCACAGGAGCAAGCCUGAUGCCCCCCCUUUUCCCUUCCUGUCACUCCCGGCCGAAAUCCGCGAUCUCAUCUACCGCUGGGUUUUCGGUCCCCAAGCCAUCCAUCUUGCCAGCGAUCGAGGUCGAGUCAUCAGCUUUCGCUGCUCGCAAACGGAUCCCUCGCCCACGUCGGACUGCUGCACGCGCCCUUUUGCCUAUUCCCAUCUGGCGGCGGAGACUCGAGGGGAGCGCGCACAAUCUCCAAUCAACACGGCCCUCUUCUACGUGUGUAGGCAGGUAUACCACGAAGCCUCUGCCGUUUUGUUCGAGUCCGUGGCUUUCCAGACCAACUCCAUGGUGACGUGGGUGCUCUUUGCGGGCUCGGUUCCACCACACCACCUCGCCCGUGUGAGAAAACUACGGGCGUGCUGGAUUGCCCUGCCAUGUUUGACUAUGGCGCCUGUCCCUCCAGACGACCCCAGGUACGCCGAGUACGAACACUAUACUGUCUUUAUGGACGGACAUUUUCAAGAAUUUUGGGACAUCGUGGGCAGCCAAAUGACUGGCUUACGGGAUCUGGGAUUUGUGAUGGACUAUUUGGGGCAGUACUUGUCUCGUGCCACCACGGCAGAAUGGCACCGCCAGCUCAUCAAAGUGACGGGCUUACAGAACUUCAACCUUGGGGUUUGGGAUACUUUUGGGGGAGCACCGGGACUGGCGGGGAAAAAUGAAGCGAAGGCCAAGAGGGAAAUGGAAAUCUUGUUGCAGUAUUUGAGCAAGCAGAUGUGUUCGCAAAGAGAAAUGUGA